AUGAUGCGCCGAAAAGAUGUUUAUACCAAUAUCACCCCCAUUUCCACAUCCGUCCCCCGCCAACUAGCCCUCGACAUCCUACACAGCCACAGCGAAAUAAUCACACUAAACCCACUCGUCCUCUCACAUCAACCUAUCAAGGCUCCACGGGAUGCCGUGGCCGACGAGUAUUACUCAACAUGGUACGAGAUCACAGAACGAGUACAAUAUGUCCCGGGGCUCGGCAAAAUGGGGUCAGGCAAGAUCAGCUUCAAAGGCAGUUUCCACAAUGUCGCAUGGGGUCUAGAAACACACAUGUACGCGCCAAUGGGAAUCGACAUCCGAAGCAAAUGGCGCAUUGCCGGCAACCAACACGACGAAGCCCCCGAAUCCCGCGACGGACGCGCAGACGGCGCACCGAAAACAGGACUCUAUCUGCGCGAAGACAUCGAGAUCGAAUGCAACCGCACCUUAAUUUCUUUCGUCAAGAGUCAGUUGAAGGCUGCUUCGAAGGUGCUGGUAGAGCGUCUGAUUAAGAAAGCCGAGCUUCUUGAUGCGGGUGUCUUGCAGGCUAUGAUGGAGGAUGGGAAAUUGACAACGUAUAAUCCGGCCGAUCGAUCGAGCAGGAUUAUCAGGGAGCCAUCUUAUUCGUCGCGCAGACAGUCGGAUCAAAUGUCCAGGUCGUCGUCGUCUCGUGUGCCCACUUCGCCGACGGAUUCGGUGCAGUUCGGAUCGGUGGCUUCGGGGUAUGCCCCUCCGUCGCAAUAUGGUCAGGAACACCGUAAAAGCUUUGCUGUGGAAUUGCCGGCGGACUUUCAUCAUCCGCAGCCUGGGUCUGAUAAAUAUCAAGAGUUGCCGGAUACUAGUCGAUAUUCGAAAUCAUCGCGGUUGGAUAAGGGGUAUAAUGAACUAUCUACUAUGGAAGAGACUUUAGAGGAGCGCGGUGAUGGAGUGUUACAUUCUAACUCCUCCAGACCAAAGGGUUAG